CUUUUAACAAAAAUUCUCAUAUUAAACCUCUACCCGAAAAAAUUGUUCUACCAGGGUGGGAAUUGCAGCAUGGCAACUCACGCUUCACGCUUUCAACGGCGAUGCAAAUUCCAUCCAGAGAAAUCACACCCUUCCUUAAAUCACGCUACUAUAAAUAAAAAGCAACAAUCCAAAGCCAACUCUCAGUGAGUGCAAAGUGACCUGGUCAUCGGAGAGAAAAGGCCGAACCACCCCUCAUUCAGAAGUUUUAAUAGCCCGCCGCAAUAUAGUUCAGUAGAUCAGCGAUGACUUAUAGUUGAGCAUCAUUCAAAUGUGUCACGGCAGACGGGAGGCGCUGGUCCAAUCAGGAAAUCGGAUGAAGAUUCUGCGAAUGGACAACUGGGGAGUUUCAUUCGGUUAGUCAGCUCUAAACCUUGGAAGAUCUUUUUUGCCCAUGUGCACAACCACCUGUAACAGCGCAUGGGAUUAAGACGGUGAUGGGCAGUAUUGGACUCGGUUUUUGAAACUUCAUGAUUCUAUAAUUAGGAGCUGAUGGAAAUUUUCCUCCUGUUCAUUCUAUCAUGCCUCUGCAUGAACAUUCAGUGUCUGGAGGAAGAAAAUGGCAGAGCGAGGAGGCCAAUCAUCAAAAGACAGAUUAUUUUCCAAUCAAGACCAUGUGUUACUCCAGAGAGACAACCUGGUGUUUGCAGUGCUAUAGCGCGAUGUCCUCAACUGAUGUUGGACCUCAAUCGUCUUCGCAGAUCUGUUUGCAUGCAGAACCUAAUCGUUCUUGGAGUAUGCUGUCCAGUCAUACAGCCUGUCACCACAGUUGCACCAGCAAGCUCAUCAAAUUCCACCGAGCCCACCACCACCACCACAACGCCUGCACCCACGACCACCCCACCGACGACCAAUUCAUCCGACUACAACGGGGACGCCAUGGACACCUUCAUCUCCGGUAUCAUCGAAUCUCCCCCCAUGCACUACAUCUCCUACAGCAGGCCUGACAGUAUCAUGAGCUACAAGCCCUUCGAUAACCAGCCAUUUGACUUGACCCCUUCCCACUCGGAACCAUCUGCAAGAUGCGGAAUUGGAGGGAGAAACGCAAGGGUAGUUGGAGGACAUGAAAGCUACCCUGGACAGUGGCCAUGGAUGGCUGCUCUAUUUAUUAUCACAGCAAGAGGAAAAGAGUAUUGGUGUGGGGGUUCCUUAAUAAACAAUUUGUAUAUUUUAACUGCAGCUCACUGUUUGUCAGAUAGGAGAGGAUACAAGUACCAUCCUCGUCAGGUAGUGGUGAGGCUAGGAGAGCAUCAUUUACUAAAUUCAGAUGGUAAAGGCAUCCAAGAAUACCCCGUCGAGGCCUUAAUUCCGCAUCCACAGUUUCAAAGGAAUGGGUUUUAUAAUGACAUUGGCAUCGUCAAGUUAGCGCGUCCUGUGAAAUUCACGGACUACAUCCAGCCGGUGUGUCUACCAUCGGGUAAAUCUACGCAGUCCAUGGUUGGAAAAAUGGCCACUGUCGUUGGAUGGGGAGCCAUGAAUUAUGGUACUCGUGGCACUGGCUCAAUGCACCAAGUAUCGAUGCCUAUCUGGGAUAAUAAAGACUGCGAUUCAAGAUAUUUCCAACCUAUUACGAGGAACUUCAUAUGCGCUGGAUACAAUGAAGGUGGAAAGGAUGCUUGCCAGGGCGAUUCUGGUAGUCCCCUCAUGGUACCAAACAAUGCAAGGGAAUGGACUGUGGUAGGAAUCGUAUCAUUUGGAACCAAAUGUGCAUCUCCAGGAUAUCCGGGGGUCUAUACGCGUGUGUCCGAAUACAUCGACUGGAUACGUCAGAAUACAAUCUGAAAAGUGGCUGAACAGUUAAACGGACAUGAAGUCUGUUCCAAAGAACAUCAUUAUGCGACUAGAACACAAAAAAAACAACAACACAAGCUCAAAGAAGCUUACAAAGCUCUCAUAUCCAACACAUUUCUACAGAGCUAAUAACCAAACAAAAAAUUGUCUUCCAGUUGCAACUGUUUCAUUGACUCUUUCAACCAGCAUGUCUGAUAUAAUGUGGCUGCCAAAGGACAUGUAGGACAUUUUCAUUGGACAAAAAAAAGAAA